CUCCUUCAUAUAUAUAAUACAUGUCAGAAAGAAGCUGGAUAUAGAGAGAUGAAGGAAAUUGCAGAUGAAAUCCAUGGCGAAAAUCAAACCGUCUGUGUUCUUGAUGCCUCUACCUAUGUGGGUUUCUGGGUUUUCAAAGCAUUGAUUUCUAAAGGUUACCAUGUUCAUGCAGCUAUCAAUAAGAACGGAGAAUCUGAGUUAAUACGGAGGAUAAAUGAAAUGGGUAAAACAGAUAAAAGGGUAACCGUGUUAAUUGUAGAUGUGUUAGAUUAUCAUACAAUUACUGAUGCCUUGAAGGGCUGUUCUGCUUUAUUCUGCUGUUUAGAUAGCCCAGAUGGUUAUGCUGUGGAUGAAGUGGUGGAUUUGGAAGUGAUGGGUGCAAUUAAUGUAGUUGAGGCUUGCGCUCAAACAGAGAGCAUAGAAAAGGUAAUCUUCAACUCUUCUCUUACUGCAGCAAUUUGGAGAGAAAACAUUUCCUCUGAUAAACUAGAUGUAGACGAAAGUUCUUGGAGUCAUGAAGAUUUCUGCAGAAAACACAAGCUAUGGCAUGGAUUAACAAAAAUGUUAGCAGAGAAGGCGGCUUGGGGUUUGGCAAUAGAUAGGGUAAUUGACAUGGUGUCUAUAAACUCAGGACUAGUUAUGGGUCCUGAUGUAACACAACGUAAUCCACAUGUCACAAUGUCUUAUCUAAAAGGUGCUGCUAAUAUGUAUCAAAAUGGUGUUCUUGCGCUCAUAGACGUUACAUUUCUUGCUCAUGUCAAUAUUAGAGCUUUUGAGGAUCGGUCUACUUCUUUUGGGAGGUAUCUUUGCUUCAACAAAGUUGUUAAUUCUCAAGAAGAAGCUCUCAAACUUGCUAAUAACUUGUCUCCUCUAGUCUCUUUACCACCCACCUGGUAA